AUGAGGGGUAGAACUGUUGGCGCUGGCCCAGCCACAUGGAUGUUUAUUAUCACAACCACUCUUGCCCGGCAAUCAGAAACAUCAGCGGAUCAGAAUUGUCUACGGGAUUUACAAACAACCAACCCACGCGAUGAUAAGACUCGCAUUGAGAAAACCAAGGGAGGACUCCUCAAAGAUUCGUAUCGCUGGGUACUACAGAACAAUGAUUUCCAAAAGUGGACCCUGGACGAGGAGGUCCGCCUUCUCUGGAUUCAGGGUGAUCCUGGAAAAGGAAAGACUAUGCUCCUCUGCGGCAUUAUCGAUGAGUUAAGAAACUCAAUUGACAACGCCACGACGAAUGUGUCGUUUUUCUUCUGUCAGGCAACUGAUGAGCGCAUCAAUAACGCCAUUGCCGUUCUGCGCGGCUUGAUCUUUAUGCUUGCUUCCGAGCAGCCUUCUGUUAUCCAGCAUAUACGAAGACGGUACGAUCAAACGGGAAAGCAGCUGUUCGAGGAUGCAAAUGCGUGGCAAGCUUUGUCAGGCAUCUUGUCGGACAUUCUGGAAGAUUCGACUCUGAAAGACACUUAUUUCAUCAUCGAUGCACUGGAUGAAUGUACCGGGGACCUUUCUCUCCUACUUGAUCUCAUAGCCAAAGCAUCAUCUUCUGGUAACUCUCGCGUGAAGUGGAUUGUCUCUAGUCGAAACUGGCCGAUCAUCGAAGAGUAUUUUGAGGUCGCAACUCAAAAAACAAGACUUUCACUGGAGUUAAAUGCAACGUCUAUUUCCGAGGCCGUUGCUAUCUACAUCCAGUUUAAAGUUCAGCAAUUGGCAGAGAAAAAGAAGUAUAAACCUGCCGUGCGAGACAUUGUCGCUAGUCAUCUUAUGUUGAACUCCCAAGACACCUUUCUUUGGGUAGCAUUGGUGUAUGAAGAGCUCGCCAAGGCCAGGCCUUGGAACACUUCUAAGCUACUGACUUCCUUUCCGCCCGGACUUGAUUCUCUCUAUAGGCGAAUGCUUCAACAGAUCCGGGACUCCGAGGAUGCGGAGCUUUGUAACAGAAUACUUGGUGUGGCUUCAACUGUCUACCGACCUAUCACAUUGAAUGAACUAGUGGCCUUGGUCGAUAUGCCUGACGGCAUCUCGACAGAUGACGACGACUUCCCACCAGAUGACUUUCUCUCGGACAUUAUAAAACUGUGUGGCUCAUUUCUGACAUUACGCGAGAACACUGUCUUCUUUGUUCAUCAAUCUGCAAAGGAUUUCCUGACUACUAAAGCCCUAGAUGAAGUCUUCCCAGGAGGUAUACCCGCCGAGCACCACAAAAUAUUUUCCCGCUCUAUAUAUAUUAUGUCUAAGUCACUUCGUCGUAAUAUCUACGACAUCGCAUUCCCAGGGCUGCAAAUCGACGAGGUUACAAAGCCUAGUCCAGACCCAUUAGCAGCAGCACACUACUCUUGUCUGUAUUGGGCACAUCAUCUUCAAGAUGGAUAUUCCAGUGAGACCACAGAUAUUGAGCCCAACCAUCUCCAAUCCGUGGACACCUUUCUACAGCAGAAAUACCUCCACUGGAUUGAAGCGCUUUGUCUGAUGAGAAACGUUCCAAGAGGCAUAGAGGCGAUGCUUAAGCUUGAGGGUUUAUUUAAGGUUCGGGGUCACCUCGAGUUGGAAUUGAGUAUCUCAUCUCACUAA